GAGAGAAAGCUUGAAGGAUUUAUCAAUGGGGUCUCGAUUGGGCUACAGCUCCAGAUCUCUGGGUAUAAAUACGGCACCUCCCGCUGGUUUCUUCUCGUCACUGUCCUCUUCAUUGGCUUAUUCUCUCACCAUCUCAAACGCAACCCAGAAGCCAUCUUCUUGUUCUGGUUCCGGAAAUUGCAGGCUUUCUUGUUCUAAGGGAGCAUUCUCGGUUUCGGCUUUCAAGAGGGGCGAGGUUCGUCCCCCUUUCGAGAAGGCAGACAAAGAAGGUAAAGUAGGAGGAGAAAGAGAAAAAGGAGAGAUGACGAUCAAGCCGGCAGUUCGGAUUGCAGACCGGAAGCUGAUCGUGAAGGACCGGACCAUCCUGACAGGGGUGCCGGACAAUGUGAUCCCGAAAUCUGGUUCUGACUCCGGUCCAGUGGAGGGGGUCUUCCUUGGGGCGGUCUUUGAUGAGGAGAACUGCCGCCAGGUUGUUCCCCUUGGGACCCUCCGGGAUGUCCGGUUCAUGGCAUGCUUCCGGUUCAAGCUCUGGUGGAUGGCCCAGAAGAUGGGCGAUAAGGGGAGUGAGAUCCCGCUCGAGACCCAGUUCCUGUUGGUCGAGACCAAGGACGGGUCCCAUCUGGAAUCGGAGAGCGGGAAUGAGGAGAACCAGAUUGUGUACACCGUCUUCCUCCCCUUGAUCGAGGGCUCAUUCAGGGCAUGCUUGCAAGGGAAUGAACGGGAUGAGCUCGAGCUCUGCCUUGAGAGUGGAGACUGCGACACCAAAUCGUCAUCGUUCACACACUCGGUCUUCAUCCAUGCUGGGACUGAUCCGUUCGGAGCAAUAUACGAUGCGAUGAGGGCUGUCAAAUUCCAUCUGAAGACAUUCCGCCUGCGGCAUGAGAAGAAGCUUCCGGGUAUAGUUGACUACUUUGGCUGGUGCACUUGGGACGCGUUUUAUCAGGACGUGACCCAGGAAGGGGUCGAGGCCGGUCUUGCCAGCUUGGCCACCGGUGGGACCCCGCCAAAGUUCGUGAUCAUUGACGAUGGAUGGCAGUCUGUGGGUGGCGACCCAGAAGAGGAGAAGCCGCUGCUCAGGCUGACUGGAAUCAAGGAGAAUGCAAAAUUCCAGAAGAAGGAGGAUCCCACAACGGGGAUUAAGAGCAUUGUAAAUACCGCAAAGGAUAAGCACGGGCUGAAGUACGUGUAUGUUUGGCACGCAAUCACCGGGUACUGGGGCGGGGUACGUCCUGGACAGUAUGGUUCGCUGAUGAAGUACCCGAUGCUGUCGAAGGGUGUGAUCGAGCAUGAGCCCGCCUGGAAGAACGACGCGUUGGCCUUGCAGGGUCUGGGGCUGAUGAACCCGAAGGAGGUGUACAGGUUCUACAACGAGCUGCAUAGCUACUUGGCAAGUGCAGGAAUUGACGGGGUGAAGGUGGACGUGCAGUGCAUCCUGGAGACUCUCGGUGGAGGGUUGGGUGGUCGGGUCGAGCUGACCCGUCAGUACCACCAGGCACUGGAUGCUUCCGUGGCCCGCAAUUUCCCCGACAAUGGCUGCAUCGCCUGCAUGAGUCAUAACACCGAUGCGCUCUACUGCUCCAAGCAGACUGCAGUGGUGAGAGCGUCCGACGAUUUCUACCCAAGAGACCCUGUCUCGCACACUAUCCACAUAGCAGCAGUGGCAUACAAUAGUGUCUUCUUGGGUGAAAUCAUGCAGCCCGACUGGGACAUGUUCCAUUCUGUCCACCCUGCUGCAGAAUACCAUGCUUCAGCCCGAGCAAUUAGCGGUGGCCCGGUUUAUGUCAGUGAUGCGCCCGGAAAGCACAACUUUGAGCUCCUCAAGAAGCUGGUGCUACCCGAUGGGUCAGUGCUCCGAGCCCGCUUGCCCGGUCGACCCACCCGUGACUGCCUCUUCUCUGACCCAGCCCGAGAUGGUGUCAGCUUGCUGAAGAUAUGGAACAUGAACAAGUACACAGGCAUCCUCGGAGUCUACAACUGCCAAGGAGCAGCAUACAACCUAGCAGAGAGGAAGAACACAUUCCAUGCGACCAAGUCCGAGUCCAUCACGGGCUACAUUCGAGGCCGAGAUGUUCACCUGAUCGGCGAGGCCUCCACAGACUCUGCUGAGUGGACUGGUGAUUGCGCUGUCUACUGCCACAAGAGCGGUGAACUCAUAAUCUUGCCCUACAACGUCUCAAUGCCUGUGUCCCUAAAGGUCCUUGAGCACAAGGUCUUGACUGUCACUCCCGUGAAGGUCUUGGCCCCUGGCUUCAGAUUUGCCCCGAUCGGGCUGAUCAACAUGUUCAACUCAGGCGGGGCCAUCGAAGGGCUGAACUACGAACUCAAAGGAGGGGCCAAGUUAUUCGAGUUGGAGGAUGGUAACGAAGGGACCGGUCUGGGAGAGGAGAGAGUGGAGAACCGCAGCAACGAGCUGGUGGGAGUUGUUCACAUUGAAGCCAAGGGCUGCGGAAGGUUCGGGGCCUACUCUUCGGCAAAGCCGAGGAGGUGCCUUCUGGGCUCGAAAGAGGUCGAGUUCGGAUACAAUUCAUCGUCUGGCCUGGUUACUCUGGAGUUGGCUCAAUUGCCCAACGAGAGCCAGAGAGUUCACCUCAUUGAAGUUGAGUUAUGAGUGAAUCUUAAUUCCCAAUAAUUGGAAAUAAGAGAUGUAACUAAUGUGCUAGUAUUGGUGAGAUAAUCAAUUCACCCUUGGGGAGUGGUAGAUCUUUUGCUAUCAGUGUUCACGGGGCUCUUCAGGUCAUGUGAAAGGGGUAGGCAAAGUGACUAGGAAUUAUGAGGAAUAAGCAUGCUUAGCAUCUCGUAGUCCCUCCCCUUUGUAUGGUACUAAGCCCAUCUCUGACGAGGUUUAAUGAAGAGCUAUGGAGGUCGCUUGUUCCUUUUCCAGUUGUGUUCA